AUGGUUCUCGGCAAGACCAAGUCGGCGGAGAAUGACCAGACUCGGACCAUUGCUGAAGCAGGAACUUCUGAUACUGGGCAGCUGCUCCAGAGCCCGAUCUCUCAGCGAUGGCGGCCACACCAAGCCCAGAGAUCACGGUCGACGUGGCUCUGCUUUUUUCUUCCAGGAGGUCGAACUGGGAGGUCUCCCUAUUUCAAUACGCUUCGAUCGGGUCGUUUGCCUUCAGCACUGGAGCUCUUUGAUUACCCUCGUCAUUCCAGUGGCGUGGCUAUUUUUGAUGAUGUUUGCUUAGCUCGCUCAACUUGGUGA